GUUCUAGUUGCAUUGACAAACUUAUCAAUAAUAUAAUAGAAAGAAUAAGUUGGAAUUUAUCUUCUGUUGAUAAUUUACCAAUUACAGUAGACAAAUCUGAUUUUAUAGCCCGAUCGGUAAAUUCAUCAGACGCCACGAUAGUAGCGACACACUGGUGCGUGUAAGCGCGCCAUUCCUGUCUGGACGAAACGAACGGAGACGAGAAAGAGGAGCUCGCAGAUGCACGGCAAACGGCGCCGGUUAUAGAGGGUAUUUUGUGAGUCGUUUGUUACGCGAAAGUACAACGCGAAUGCAGAUACAUUUGACGCAAGCUAAACAUAAGCCUUUAGCUCUUGCACGCUCGGAUAAUUUAACGGUUUAAAUUAGAACGCUCUUGUGUUUACGGAUGACAGUGUGAAUAAGUGUUUUGUGGUGGAAAUUACAAGAAGAGAGUUGAGUUUCGAUCUUAUCCAGAGGGCCAAGUCCAAGGAUCCUAAUUCAAAAUGGGGUGUAUGUCACAGUGUGCCAAGUACUUUCUGUGCUUCUUCAAUUUCGUCUUUUUCGUCGCCGGCGGAGCUGCUCUUGCCGUUGGUAUAUGGUUAAUCGCCGACCGGAAUUCCUUUACCAAUCUAAUUGGCAAGAUCGAUCAGACGGAAAUUUUGACUAAAACAGACGCCGACGUCAUAAGUAUGAUCGCUUACAUUCUGAUUGUCGUCGGAGCUCUGACGUUUGUCGUCAGCUUUUUGGGAUACUGUGGCGCCAUGUUUGAAUCACGUUGUCUGCUAUGCGUCUACGGCAUUCUUCUUCUAUUGGUUUUGAUACUGCAGUGCAUCGUCGUCGGACUGGCAUUUGGAUUAAAGGGAGACGCGGAGAAGGAGACUCAGAAUUUUUUAAAGUCCACCAUUAAGCAUUACGCUGCUUCCGAGGAUCGGACCGAGACCGUGACUCUUGCUUGGGAUGGAAUUAUGACUCAGCUUCACUGUUGCGGGGUUGAUAAUUAUGAAGACUUUCGGGACAGUGCCAAUUGGGCGGGAACUGGCAAGCGGGUUCCAGAAGCUUGUUGCAUAAUGGAAAACGGCCUGCUGAAAGAUUCAAAUUGCCCGCUAAGUCCAACAAUGGCGAAUUCCUAUUAUCAGACGGGAUGCUAUAAGGCAAUAAUUACCACUAUCGAAGAAAAUGUUGCCAUUGUCAUUGGAGUUGCUGCUGGCCUGGUAUUCGUGGAGCUGCUUGUCAUCGUCCUUGCUCUUUACUUGGCCUGUUGCUACUGGCGCCCACAACAUGUUUAUCGAUGCGUAGAGCUACCUAUCAAGGAGUAAACGUCAAUUGGAUCGGAAAUGGUUUUAAUCGGCAAUACAUUAUCGAGGAGCACUCCUUUUACCCGGAUUCUGUAUAUACCUUGUUCUCCGGAAUCUACCCGGAAGCACAGAUCAUAAUCGCACUAUUGAAAAGCGUUCGUCAAAGACUUCUACUACUCUUUCAUGGAAGUAAAGCAAUAAUCGAGUCACGCGUGCAUGCUAAUCUUGGUAAAUUCGCGUCGAUUGAUGGCUUUUUUCUUUUUCUUUUCUUUUAUAUGAUCAUUUAGCUUGUACGACAUCGAAUGUCCGAGUCCGUCUCCGUCCUCGACCUUAGAAAACAUUGAGACAGUCAUGAUAACCUGGUUACUACGAUAAUCUCAGUUAUUAAUUAUCUAUCAGCUUGUUUUAUUAAUAAUCUUAUCAUUCCGUGAUCCUGUUACAAGACCAACAGAUCAUUCGUAACCACGUCGCAUCUUGAUUUAAUUUGACCAAAAUAGUAAUCAAUUAAACUGUAAAUAUUCAAAACCAAAAAGUCAAUGGACACUUGCUACAAAAGCAUACAGAAAAUCCAUACUAGCUCCACCAUACGUCUAUUACUAGGAAAAGUAACUUGGUCCGUGCCCUGUAAGAUUAAUUUCUUGUUGACUCAAUCUCCACAAUGCUUUUACUCUGACGAUGGUGUGCCAUAAACAAUAUUUACUUAUUUGUAGACAAUAGUGAGAAGUAUUUUUGAAACUCCGUUAUAUUCUUUUCCAACGAUCAAACUUGUAUUUGUGCUUUCACGUUUAGCUCUUCGGAGUGAAUUUUUCAUUUAUUUUCACUCUCAGUUCAGCUAUUGUCUCUUCUCUUCUAAUAACGCAUUAUUGAUACAAGGCAUUUCUUUAGCUUGCGUAGAUGUUUCGUCGAGGCAAGCCUGGUGAAAUGGUGGUGAAGUGAUCGCGAAGUGGGGAUGAUGGUUUGGUCGGGUUUGGUUUCAAGUAAGAAUUAUGAUGAAGGUCAAGGUGAUCAAAUUGACGAUGAUCGACCUCAGAUGCGCGUCACCUGGUAUAUCGGCUCUUAUAAAUCUUCAGAUUUAUUCUUCUAAUGCGUCCAUCAAGGACUAACAGCAAAGCAUGGUAGCUUUGCUCUAUAAUUUGCAUGCCCAAUACCAUUACUAAUUGUCUACAAUUAAGCUUCCCAGUUGUCACCUAACUUGUAAGCCAAUUACUGUGUAUAUUAAUGCCCUUAACAUAUUAGCACAAAUUAUCCAUGUGAUUGCCAAAAAAAAAUGCGUUCACAAAAUUGUGCCAAUGUUCAAGACUGAUAUUUCGGAGUAAAAAACUUUUGUGUGAUACACAAUCAUGAAAACAUAGAUUAUGGAAACUUCCUCGAUUGUCAUUGAUAAAUAUAUAAAUUUCAAUUCAUCUUGACACAAUGCAGUCAAUGAGAAACUCGUUGCCUAGUACUUGACAGUUUAUCUCAUUAAUUAUAAGCCUUUACACAAAUUGCCAUUAGGCUACUAUUUAUGUACCAUUAAGUACGCUGAGACCACCGGGUAUGAUCAUGCUAAUAAAUUUCUAUGAACGUUCAGAACGAAACGUGAUAAAAAAAUCCUUGUUCAAGUAAUGUACGUGGUCAUUAUUUUUUUUACAUAAACAUAAGCAAGGAUAAUGAGACAUCGUACGUCCCUGGUACCAGACAAUGAAGUAUCUCUUAUACAACGUAUACUGUCAAUCCGGUUUAAUUGCUUAGAGAACACUAGUGCCAGUCAAUUUAACAUACUCGAUGAGUAUAAUUUUACAAUCCAGAAAUCAUUAGCUAAUUGAAUAGCGUUCUAGUCUCAGUGAAAACGCACAGAAAUUAAAAUAAUUGUUUCUCCAUCAUGGCGCGGGUAGCCCGUGGGGGUAAAAAGGAUAUUUGAUAAUGUGAAAAAAAAAAAGGAUUGACGCAAGGGAUAACACAAUUAAUUGUAAGUUCGGAUAAUUUGUGCUAAUGUCUGGUAACAAUACGAUUUAAUAUCUAAUAUCGGCGCUUACGUGGAAUUUCAUGUACAAUUUAGAGGGAUACUCCAUUUAUGUAUCUCCUAUGUAUUAUAUGCGUUGCACGUGGGCGGGCAGAAUGUAGUCUUAUCGUUCUAGCUAUUAUUCAUUCGUAUUCGUUGUUCAUGCCGCACAGUUUAGACAUUUUCGUUCCAGUGUUAACUUGUUGGUGCUGCUGCUGACGAGGCGUCAUUAAGAGCAUGGAUCUGUUGAGUAGUGCCUCGUAGCAUUCGCACUUUGUGACCUACUAGAUGGUGGCCCCUGUGCCUUGCUUGCUUGAAACAAUAGCCUACUAGACCAAAAGUGUUGGCCCGACUGGCCAGACAAAAAUAAAGCUGACACAACAAGUCGUCAUCCCUUUUGAUAUUGUUUAUCAAAACGAACGGACGAUCCGGACGCCAUUUUCCUGCUGGAAAAUGUCGACAGAUUUUUCGUAUCACGUUGGAUCGAUCGCGCCAAUUGGCUUCUCUCCGUACUGUAAUUUUAAUGGACGAUCUGCUCUUCAAUUUCUUUGACUUUGAGGUUAGGAAAGAAAGUUUUUUUCUCGGAGCGACAAUGAUUUAUCGAUGGAUACGAUUUCUUUCGUUUUUCGUUAUAAUAACGGAGAUACGUUUGGUUGGACACUUUGCUGUGUAUUUUUUUUCUAUUUCGUUAAUUUUUCUUCUUUUUUUUUUGUUUGUUAUAUUUCCUCGGUCAAGAUAGCCGUACUCUAUCGAUAUCGUUAAUGAUAUUUAUUAGACCUGAAUAUUUGGUUAAAAAAUAAUUCCUUUUUUUUUACAAUACUAUUGUUAUCGUUAGUACGUAUCGCUUUUUUCCGUACAUUUCGAAUAGUUCAAUUUGAGAAUUGCCGUUUAAUGAAAUUCGAAAAAUCUUUUUUUUUCAUCUUGUAACAUAGGAACUUGCAAUAGACACUAGACGUUAAUUACUCUUUUUCUUUUUCUCUUUGCACGAAAAUGCACUAUAUAAAUAUUGUAUUUCUUUCUACUCAUUCUCACAAUAUUCGUCUAGUACAUUUGAAUUUUUGUAAAGGAUUUUUAUAUUGCAAUUUUUAUUUUCUACGUAAAACGUAUACGUAUCCAUUUUCAGGAUGAACAAGUAAAACAAAUUUCUCAUACCCGCUGUAUACGAGGGACAAAAAAAAGGUAAAAAAUCGAAUCGAAUGGUUGCAAUAUAAAAAGACCUUAUUUUUUUUUGCAAUAGCUGCCUGAACAAUGUAAUUGGCGAUAAAAACGUUCUAGGCGGCGGAUCAUAUAAAUUCCAAAAUAUUGUUCCAAUUAAAAAUUCUAUAUACAGAUAUUAUUAGACUUACCAUACAAAGCAGCCAUGUGAAAUAAAGAAAAGAUCCGAAAAAGUAAUUGAUCCUAAUCAACAAUAUAUAUCGAUCCUACUGUGGUUAUCCUGUGUCUGGAAAAGGAUACACGAUUAUCCACCGAUCAGAACUUAACCUGAAAAUUUUGUCCAAGUAAUAUACAUACAACAGUGCACGUAGAAGAGAACAUGAUGGAUCAUGGCUUGGCAUUUACAUUCAUAGAUAUAUUCCUUUGUAGAUUUUGUAAAUCAAAUAUAUAAAUCGUGUCAAUUAGAUCAUUAAUGAUCCAAGUGGUAACGAUCGCUAUCAUCAUACUCAAAGUCUUCACGUUACUACUCCACGUUUAAUGUCGCAUGAUGAAUUAAUUAGGGGCAUGCCAAUUAAUUGAAAUAUAUGAAUAAGUGCAUAAUGGCAUAUGCAUAUAAUACAUAACAUCAUUCACGUUUAUUAAAAAUCUGCGACACAGUUGGUUAACGUCGUCGGAGAAGAUGAUGAAGAUUUAAUACACGAAGAGUCAAAAAGAAAACGGAAUCCAGAACAAAACAACUAAUUCGAUGCAUGUGUUUGAUAUUACUUUAAUUUAUUGUAAAGUGUCAGAGUC